AUGAAAUUCCUCCGCACGGAGGAAAUGUGCGGCAUUUCCGAGAUUCAUAUUGCUGGGAAGGUGCUUGGAGACAGCGACCUCAAGGCUCUCCACACGUCUCAGGCGCUUACCCGAAUACACAUUUCCAACUGCAGUGGCGUCUGUGACGUGAAGCUUCUAGCUGACUUGAAGCAACUACAGGAGCUGCACUUGGAAGUUGAUGGUAAGAUACGGAACAUGACCUCCCUCGGUCAACUAGCAGAACUGAGAAAGCUAUCAUUGAGCAGCGCAAACAUACAUGGUAGCGAUGUGCGUUGUCUGGGCCUCCUCCAAAAAUUGGAGGACCUCUCUCUUCGAACCUGUUCCCGGGUGACAAGCUGUCAGUGUGUCGGCCAACUUCCACUCCUUCGGGCGCUUGAUCUAAGCUUUACCGGCGUCACCAAUGAAGGACUGAAGGGUCUCAGUGCGAGUCGCAGUCUUGUGAAGAUUCAACUCCGCGGCUGCAAGCGCCUUACAGAUGUGUCUCCUCUCGCAUCCAUCGAGACACUGGAAGUGGUGAAUCUGUCUCGGUGUGAAGAUGUAAAGAUUGUUGGUGACCUUGGCGGGCUGCCUGUGCUGCGUGAGCUCAACCUGCGAUCGACUGCCAUCACGGAUGAGGAUCUGCGCUGCCUCUCUGCAAGUCGGAGCCUCGUGAAGAUUGACCNACUUGAGUCGCACUGCCAUCACAGAUGA